GACACACAACACACCCUUUCUCUAUUCAACUGUUUCUUUUCCAAUUCGGGAACGUCAGAAAAGGGGGAAAAUUUUCUUUCGGAGAGGGCGAGUCGAAGGUAACACUGGAAUCCUCGAAACCUGAGCUCUCAAAGCCCUAGGUUAAAGUCCCCUCUUCCCUUCCCAUUUCGAGGUUUUCGAGAGCUUGGCGCCUUCUUGGGAAUGCCGGAGAGUGGAACCGUGUUCGAAUUCUCUCCGACUUCGCGUUAGGGUUCUGUUCGCCGUUCCUUUUCUCAGGCUUUUCUGUGAAAGUGACAGCGAGGAUUGGGGGUUGUUCUACCUUGAGGUGGUGGGAUGAAUAGUGUUUUCAGCGAGCAGAUACUGGUAGAAAAGCUUUCCAGGCUCAACAGCACUCAGCAAUGCAUUGAGACUCUGUCACAUUGGUGUAUUUUUCAUCGAAAGAAUGCAGAACAGGUUGUGCAAACAUGGGACAAGCAAUUCCACAGUUCCCAAAAAAAGGAACAGAAGAUUCCAUUUCUAUAUCUUGCCAAUGACAUCUUACAGAACAGCAAGCGUACUGGUACUGAAUUUGUUGGUGAAUUUUGGAAGGUUCUUCCAGCAGCACUUAAGGAUGUUAUUGAAAAUGGUGAUGAUCAUGGAAAGAAUGUAGUCUCUCGACUGGUUGACAUUUGGGAGGAGAGAAGAGUUUUUGGAUCUCGUGCCCAGGGCCUUAAAGACUUGAUGCUUGGAAAUGAACCUUUACCUGCAUUGGAUUUGAACAAAAAGCGUUCUCGUAGUUCUGUUCGAAUCAUAAGAAGAGACUCUCGUACUGUAAGAAUAAAAUUAUCUGUUGGGGGAAUGGCAGAAAAGAUUGUAUCUGCAUUUCACAAUGUGAUUAGUGAACAGCCCAAUGAGGAUAUGGACUUGAACAAAUGCAAGGAUGCUGUUCGGCGCGUGGGGAAAUUGGAAAAAGAUGUUGACCAUGCCUGCAGUCGAGUGGGGGACCCUCGGAGGGAGACUUUAGCAAAUGAGUUACAGGAGUACGAGACCAUUUUAAAACAGUUCAUUGAGAAGCUAAAAUCAUUUGAAGCAAACAGAGAAGCUCUUGUCUCUCAGUUAAAAGAAGCACUGCAGGAACAGGAAUCUGCGCUGGAGGAUGUUCGCACUCAGCUACAGCUGGCCCAAGGAAUGGUUGAGGAAGCUGCCAACAUGCAAAGGCGGCUCAACAAUGAACCAGUUGUCGCGUCAGCAAAUCGACCUUCUUCAGCAGAACCUCCAAAACCACACUCAAAUGGUCCUGCAGCUCAACUAUUAAAGAAGAGUACCGCUGCCAUUGCUGCGGAGGUUGCGGAUAAACUUGCUGCCUCUACUCAUUCCCAACAGAUCAUGACAUCUGUCCUCUCCACCUUCGCUGCAGAAGAAGCUAAGAAUGCUGGUCUCGUUAGAUCUGCGAAUUUAACUAAUUCCUUUACUGAAACCCCAGAUAAGAGGAUGAAAGUUGAGAAGCCCAUGCCAGUUUCUGAUCCCACUGCCACAACUGCCUUUGUACCUGUUCAACCGGUGGUUGUUUCAGCAGCACAUCAGCCCCAAACAGUUCUGGUGCAUCAAACUUCUAUUCAAAACCAAGCUUCAGCAACCCAGCCCCAAUAUAAUCUCUACCAAGGUCCAGCACAGCAGUACCUGCAACCAUCUGGAGGUCUGCCUUUGAUAGGUCUGCCUUAUUCUUACAGUGCUGUACCUCCACCACCACCACCUCCACCUCAGAUGAUGAACCUGGCAAGGCCACCACCUUUGUCGCAGCAGCAGCAGCCGCAGUCUGUAGCUUUAGUUCAACAGCCACCACCACCCCCCCCACCACCACCGAUGCCUAUGAACCAGCUGCUGUCAAUAAAUCAACAGCCAGCCAACCAGCCCAUGCCAAUAAAUCAACCGCCAGUCAACCAAUCCAUGCCAAUAAAUCCACAGCCAAUCAACCAGUCCAUGCCGAUAAAUCAACAGCCAGCACAAUUCAACCUUCAGCAGCCAGUGCCGCCUAGUUAUCGCCCCCUACAACCGCCCAGCAUGACAUUUUACCAUCAAACUCAGUAGGUUUUAAUUCACCAAAACCCGGUAACCUGGUUUUUUUUUUUUUUUUUUUCUUACUGAGUUUUUAGUCAUCAUAGGUAAGUUAUUAUAGCUGGGAAUUUUGGAUGUGGGAUCUUUUUGUAGAAAUGAGCUCCGUGGAAUCAUGAGAUGUUGUUUUGGUAUUAACUUGUGCACUUGCAAUGUUUGGUGAUAUGGAAAAAAAUGUAAAAGGCUCGUCGAUCAGUCUGAAUCAGAAUUCCGAGCA